AUAUUUGCUUCCUCUCUCCGCAAUUUUCUACAACUACCUCCUGCACCCCUUUUCUCUCUUCUUUUCCCUGCCUUCCUGUCAUCCCAUUCCCUGUCUUCCAUUUUAGCUGGCUUGUCCUCUGGGCUUUGUGGAAGAGCAAAGAAAGCCCAGCAAUAUAAAUUAAGUCCUAACAUAUGGAAGAGGUGGUGGUGAAAGGAUAGGAGAAGAAGAGAGGGGCUUCCUUUUGGUGUAUUCUUCUAUUGUUGUUGCUCCAUUCGUUUAGAAGGCUCCGAAAGGACAAGUCACCAAGAGCAAUGGCAUUCCAAGGGACACAGACCAAAUGUACGGCUUGCAGCAAGACGGUCUACCUGGUGGACAAGCUCACCGCCGACAACCGAAUCUACCACAAGGCCUGUUUUAGAUGCCACCACUGCCAGGGAACCUUGAAGCUGGGAAAUUAUAAUUCGUUCGAGGGAGUCCUCUAUUGCAGGCCUCACUUUGAUCAGCUUUUCAAGAGGACUGGCAGCCUGGACAAAAGCUUUGAAGGGACCCCAAAGGUUGUCAAGCCAGAAAAACCUGUUGAUACUGAGAAAACAGCAGCCAACAGAGUCUCAAGUCAAUUUGCGGGAACCAGAGAGAAGUGUUUUGGAUGCAAGAAGACAGUAUAUCCCAUUGAGAGGGUUACAGUUAAUGGGACUGCAUAUCACAAGAGCUGCUUCAAAUGCACUCACGGAGGAUGUGUGAUUAGCCCUUCAAAUUACAUUGCUCAUGAGGGAAGGCUCUACUGCAAGCACCACCACAUUCAGCUGUUUAAGGAGAAGGGGAACUACAGCCAGCUUGAAACCGACCAAGAGAAGAUGGAGAAUGAGGCACCAACCAGUGCAGAAGAAUUAGAGUCAUAAUUCAUGAAGACAGAUGCAGCUAUCCUAUUUCUCUUUCCUGCAUGUUUCUUCAUCACCUUAAGAGCCGUGAUUCACUGAAAUUUCAAUGUAUGGACCGUUAAAAUUGUUCGGUUGUGUUUUCAUUGGGAUUUUCUAUGAUAUUUGCUGGCUUUGAAAGGACUCUGGACUGAAUUCAUAUAUGCUUGUAAGACUUA